UCCUUCCGCGCACAGCCGGUGUGUGUCACAGCAGCAGCACGUAACCAACGGUCCGCUCCAGUCCAACAAUUUAAGUCUGGUUUUAGGGCAAUGCAGACGUGUUUGUGUCAUACUUCGGUUUAUUUGUAAUCGUAAGAGCUUUAUCUGUCGUGUCUGGGGUGUUUAAAGCGGCAGUGUGUGUGUUUUAUUGGGCUCGUCAUGGCUGACAUCGACAAACUCAACAUAGACAGCAUCAUUCAGCGGCUCCUCGAGGUGAGAGGGUCAAAGCCCGGGAAGAACGUUCAGCUGCAGGAAAACGAGAUCCGUGGAUUGUGUCUGAAAUCCCGUGAGAUCUUCCUCAGCCAGCCCAUCCUACUGGAGCUAGAAGCACCUCUGAAGGUCUGCGGUGACAUCCACGGUCAGUACUACGACCUCCUCAGACUCUUCGAGUAUGGAGGAUACCCACCGGAGAGCAACUACCUGUUUCUGGGGGAUUAUGUUGACCGGGGGAAACAGUCUCUGGAGACCAUUUGCCUGCUGCUGGCAUACAAAAUCAAAUACCCUGAGAACUUCUUCCUGUUGAGAGGGAACCACGAGUGUGCUUCCAUCAAUCGCAUCUAUGGCUUUUACGAUGAGUGCAGGAGACGUUACAACAUCAAGCUGUGGAAGACGUUCACGGACUGUUUCAACUGUCUGCCCAUCGCUGCCAUAGUGGAUGAGAAGAUCUUCUGUUGCCAUGGAGGCUUGUCUCCAGACCUGCAGUCCAUGGAGCAGAUCAGAAGAAUCAUGAGACCCACAGAUGUUCCUGAUCAGGGUCUCCUGUGUGACCUGCUGUGGUCUGAUCCAGACAAGGAUGUUCUAGGCUGGGGAGAGAAUGACCGAGGAGUGUCCUUCACAUUUGGGUGUGAAGUAGUGGCCAAGUUCCUGCACAAACACGACAUGGAUCUCAUCUGCCGGGCCCAUCAGGUGGUGGAAGACGGUUACGAGUUCUUUGCUAAGAGACAGCUGGUGACCCUCUUUUCCGCCCCAAACUACUGCGGAGAGUUUGACAAUGCUGGAGCCAUGAUGAGCGUAGACGAGACACUCAUGUGCUCUUUUCAGAUUUUGAAACCAGCCGAGAAGAAGAAACCAAACUCAAGUCGUCCGGUGACUCCACCCAGGAACAAUGUCAACAAACAGCCCAAGAAAUGAGUCGGCCGGUGUGACCCGUCUGGACUAGUAUCACACAGUCGUGCUACACUCCGGCUUUGCGUCUUUAUAAUGUUUGUUUUUUAUUUUUCUUCUGUUUACCGUCCUUUUCCGCUGUGGCGUGACCACUCGUUCGAUUGAAAUGUUCUUGGUUGCUCUUGAAGAUGAAAAUGGCUUUUAUAAUCUUAAAUACUUCAGGACGACAUAUCCAAUGAUGCGUGCUCGUUAAGACCGCUUUAAAAACAUCUAAUGUUUUCACUUUAGUAUGAAGCAAAUAACAGUGCUCGAAAACGAGUCCGUUUUUAUGAUUUCAACUUUAGCGCUUUUCUGCAUUUUUGUCUCGUGAACGUGCCAUGAAAUUUGAUAUUCGGUCCACUUGCGUUCAGUUUUUAAAUGUUUUAUGAUUGUUUUUUCUUUAAGAUCUUCGGACGGGACACAGAAGUACAUGAAUGUGUAUUUUGAGUGAGGCGAUAAUGAAGUUAGGAUUACAUCGGGUGGUGAAAAACAAUCAAAGUUUAGCGCUUUCUGUAAAAUUCGUUUAUUGUUUGUUUUAUUUUUCAAACAAAAUGCCUUGUUUUCUUAUUCCGAACGCUUCGUGGUAAAUGCUUGUUUUUGCAUCACAUUAUGGGCAUGUUGAUUUGAUCUCAAACGGAUGUUUUUUUUGUUUGUUGCAUGCAUCAUAUAUAGGACACAAGGCCUUGGCUUCAUCUUAUGAAGGCUAUGUGUUAGUCAGCAUGUCUUCAGAAUAAUGUAGCUCCUCAUCAGGUAUAUCACAUCAGGAAAAUGUUUUACUUACAAAAUUUCUACAGUAUUUCAUAUAAAUUCUGUUUAACCCAAAUCCACUGUAAAUAUAAAGGAAAUGUGUGGUUCAGUCUUGGCAAUAAUUCAGUUUUCCACAUUAUAAAUAAUUGUUAUACUUGCAGAAUAAAUGGAAGGGAGAAGGGGGUGACAUCA